AUGCAAGGCGCGGCACGUCCGGAGCUCCGCCACUUUCGCCUGGAACGCGGGCGGCGGCCACGACCCCUGUCCCAGUCACGGAGCCCCUGUCCCAGCCACGGAGCCCCUGUCCCGGCCACGGAGCCCCUGUCCCAGUCACGGAGCCCCUGUCCCAGUCACGGAGCCCCUGUCCCGGCCACGGAGCCCCUGUCCCGGCCACGGAGCCCCUGUCCCAGUCACGGAGCCCCUGUCCCAGUCACGGAGCCCCUGUCCCGGUCACGGAACCCCUGUCCCGGUCACGGAGCCCCUGUCCCAGUCACGGAGCCCCUGUCCCAGUCACGGAGCCCCUGUCCCGGCCACGGAGCCCCUGUCCCGGCCACGGAGCCCCUGUCCCGGCCACGGAGCCCCUGUCCCGGCCACGGAGCCCCUGUCCCGGCCACGGAGCCCCUGUCCCGGUCACGGAGCCCCUGUCCCAGUCACGGAGCCCCUGUCCCAGUCACGGAGCCCCUGUCCCGGUCACGGAACCCCUGUCCCAGUCACGGAGCCCCUGUCCCAGUCACGGAGCCCCUGUCCCAGUCACGGAGCCCCUGUCCCGGCCACGGAGCCCCUGUCCCGGCCACGGAGCCCCUGUCCCGGCCACGGAGCCCCUGUCCCGGCCACGGAGCCCCUGUCCCGGUCACGGAACCCCUGUCCCAGUCACGGAGCCCCUGUCCCAGUCACGGAGCCCCUGUCCCAGUCACGGAGCCCCUGUCCGCGGGCGCCGGCCGGCGCGUGCCGCGCCGUGAUUGCCGUGCCCCGGCGCUUUACGUCCAGCCAGGUGGCGGCGCUAUCUCACGCCACAUCAGCGCCACCCUGGCAGCUCAGACCGCUAUAAUUGCCUUCCGCUCGUUAUGA